GAAAACGGGUGUAAAUAAACAGACGAUGGCGGCGGCUGGUGGGGAGAGGAUGGUGACAGAAACUGGUGGGAAAAACUCUCCAUUACCUCAAAUACCCGUCAAUAUACAGCGAGUGUUGCCCAGGACGGUACCGGGACCCGUCAGCCCUCAGAAUAAAGGCGCACUAGACUGGGGUUGGCAAGGCUUCUUGGCAUAUGGAGCCCAGACAACGGUAGUGGUGGUGGACCCUGUGACUCUACAGUGUGCCCAGACACUCACCAGACACCGAAACCACGUCGUUAAGGUGAGAUGGAGAAAAACACGACACUACCACCAGCUGAGCGCCCCAUACAGCCUGAUUCUGGCCUCGGCAGACAACAGCGGCACGAUCAUAGUCUGGGAGGUGACGAGAGGGGAGGUGACCGCUACACUGCAGGAUGGUAACAGACCCAUACAAGAGCUGGAGUGGCUGGGUGGUGUGGACGGCAGCGAGCACCUCCUGGCGGCCCUCCACCCCCCGUACUCCCUCAUCAUCUGGGACACCCGCCACAACAACAAACUCUGGAAGAAGUCCUAUACAGAAAACUUAACAGCAUUCCAUUUUGAUCCAUUUCACUUUAAUAAGAUGGCAUUUUUGUGCGGGGGAUGUGUGCUGUUUGUGGAAGACUUCAGCCUCAACAAGUGCCCCUCUUCCAAUGGGCGUAAGUUUUACGUCUCGACGCCACGAACUAGUCCGGGAAAGGUGGUCAACUCCAUUCCUACGUCGACGAGCUCCACCUCAAUAACCGACGAGAGGACCAGCACCAGAAUUCGGCGCAAGAUGAGGGAGCUGGUGGUCGGGGAAGGGAAGCCAAAGAGUGAGGAUGUAAGUCAGUUGGCCGAGUGUCUACAGCUCAUGUACCACCGCACAGUCAGGGACCAACUUCUGCUGCUGUACACGCGGGAGAUCCUGGUGCUGGAUCUCACCAUCAACCAGACUGUGGGCAUUGUAGUUAUUGACCGGGCAAUGUCACCCUUCAGCCAGGUGUUGUCGUGUUGGCAGCGAGAUGUUCUGUUUUGCUUACAUGAGUCGGGUUCUGUCUCGGCGCACUUCCGCCGUCGGCUGCUGCCAGUACCAACAUCCCCAGAGAAUGACAAGGAGAACACCUGGCAUGGAGAUGGCGGAGGUGUCGGAGAACAGUACUAUGAGGUGAUGUACGACCGUAAGUGCCACUCAGAGCAUCUCCGCCUCAACAAGCAGAGCCGGCCUAUUGGACUCACCCUUGACCCCGUGUCAGAGAAGCAGAUGGCCAUGGUGUUGGGUGAUGGUCGCGUGGUGUUCAAACAAGUCACUGCCUACCCGACCCCUGGACGACAGGCCAUCAGUACGCCGCUCUUCACCCCCGGGGCUCCCUCGGCGCCAUCACAAGGACCACACUCUGGCCUCAACAUUGCCGACAAUCACUUUAGCUUGGCCAGUGCACCAGCCGGGGUUCACAUCAACAUGCCCAAGACCUCGCUGGCUGAUAUGGUGAAGCCGGCCUGGGCUCUGGCAGAUAAUGUCAAGGAAAUUGGGCACCGGGUCAACUUGAGAAUUUUGAUGACAGGUCUGAUGCCUGCCAUGUCUCCUCCCCCCCUAGUAAUCAGAAUGUGUCCGCCUCUCACCACACGAAACAUCCAGCAGUAUGUGCCGCGCCUGGCUGCCGGCACACAGUCGGGGGUGGUGCAGGUGUUUAAUGUUGCUACGGGAGUGUUGGAGAGAGAGUUUGCCCUCCACACUUACCCGGUCAGAGGAGUUGAAUGGACAAGCUUAACUUCCAUUCUGUCAUUUGGUCAUCAGCCCCUCACAAACAGUCAAGGCCUCGUGCGUAAUGAACUCAUGUACACAGACAUCCUCACAGGACGAACUAUUACCUUGAGGCCAAACAAGAGCGAUGAAACGAGUAUUGAUAUGGUCAGAGUGUCGUACUUGAAGCAGUAUUUCAUCGUGGUCUUCCGAGAAGACCCAUUUGAACUGUGGGAUGCAAGAAAACUGGUGCCUCUCCGAACGAUGCCACGCCGAUUCCCACGAGUGUCGGCCCUGGAGUGGUCCCCAACCAGUCAUGUUAAGACACGGCGAGACUCGGAGAGCCACAGAGCCUCAGAGUCUGAGCCCGAGAAGAAUGAGUCUGUGGUUCCCAAGGAAGCACCACAGACAGAAGUGUCAAUGACCGAAUCUAUGUUGUCACUGGCAGAUGUGGGUGGAGACAAGACGAGUAUUGCCAAAGAAACGUUCGUGUUUACCGACACCGAGGGAACACUGUACCACUUCUCAGUCGAGGGCAACGUCAUCAAGGACGGAACAAAAGUACCUCCAGAUUCUCAGAUGAGUGUCAUUACUUCAAUUGCCUGGAAGAGCCACGAGAUAGUUCUUAGUGACUCUGAUGGCAACCUCAUUGUGUGGGACCUGAAAACCCGUAUAUCCAGACACAUCGCCACUCAUCGCGGGUGGAUCCGUAAGAUACGCUUUGCCCCCGGACGUGACAACAUGAAACUUGUUGUACUGUUUGCUGAUGGGAUUGAUGUCUGGGAUGUGAGAGAUGUGGUGAUGGUGAGUCAGAUCAAGUCUCCUCGUGACAUAGUGAAGGUGGUGGACGUGGACUGGGGUGCGUCUGACCGACCUGUCCUGGCGACCAUUGACGGAUGCCUUCGGGUGAUGGACAUGGCCCUCAAGUCUUCCAGCACACCAAUCUACCAAUAUUGUACUAAAGAGCCCAUAGUGUCACCAUACUUGUUACCUGGGGAGGCAUCACUCAACCUACGUACUCUGAUGACCCAACAGCCGUGGCGCUCACAGUACUCCCUAUCAUUCACGGGGGAGGACGGCUUCACCCCAGAACAACUCCAGAAUAUAGAGGUGUGGUUGUCACGGGUACCUGCCGAGCUCCGUGAAUUUUUGGAGACUUGCGGCUCGACGGCCCAUCGUGCUCUGGUGACGGCACAGCUGUUUGGGGAUCAGGGGGAGAUAGACUUUUGGACGGUUGCCUGUCAUUACCUCACACAACCUGCACUCACUCACCCUAAGGAUGAAAGCAGCAGCAGCAACAGUAGUGUUGGUAGUGCAGAGCUGAUCACUCUGGGUGACUCAGCAUCAGAGAAGAGUGGUGGCAGCGAAGACCUCUGUCCACCCACGGCUGUGCCUCCCUCUCACCCCCUGGAGACCACUUAUCAUCAUCUGUGUGAUGCUGCUACAUACAAACAUCAUGAACUAGAGCGUUUAGCCAUACAUGAGAGCAAAAACCUCGAAGGUGCACAGAGGGCAACUCUUGGCCGCUGUUUGGCCGUGAUUGGCGAGAGAGAUCGUGCCGUCAGACUUCUGUUGGACGCCGAUGCCUCAAACCAACACUUCUACACAGACUGCCUGCGGGCGUGCCUGCUCGCUGCCACUCAUCACUCCACUCAAGCUCAGUCAACAAUCAAACUUGUAGCAACUAACUUAAUAGCUGCAGGCAACAUAUGGGAAGGUGUUGAAUUGUUGUGUUUGAUUGGCAAGGCGGGUGACGCAUGUCGCUACCUGCAGUCAUAUGGUCACUGGGAGAACUCAGUGUGGCUGGCAAAAUGUGCUCUUCCACUUCAGGAGUCCGUUGAUAUUCUAAAGCGCUGGGCCCAUCACCUCAUUACUUCUGCCAACAAGGAUCAAGGUGUAUGUGCCCUGUUGUCUGUGGGCAGCAUCACAGCAGCGCUAGAACAGUUGGUACAGCAACAUUAUCACCAGAGGGCAGCAUUGUUACUUGCAGCAGCUCAACAACUCCAGGUAGUGCCCAACACACAACAGCAGCAGCAACACCCAUUAGCUACACCACUGGGCACACAGUCUGGAUUCUCUCCUGUUCUCUCUGGUUCUACUUCCAUGGCUUCCUUUGCAGAGAACAUUCAUAAAAAGUAUGUCCUCCACCUGUUCAGCCUGGGUAACAGACCAGCCGUGUCCUACUUCUGCCGUCUUAUGGGAGAAAAGGGACAAAGUCUUCUACAGGAGCUGGAUUCACUCCAGUAGGUCAAGUCUUUGUCCAUUUACUUCCUUUAUACAUCUGUGUUCACCACAAAGUGUGACAAACAUUAAUAAUGUGAUAUUUCUUAUGUAACAAAACAAAAACCUUUAAUGCUCCUCCUAUUAUAGUUUGACUUUUAUAAAUUCUGUCAGGAAGGAGGAAUGAAGAGUUCAUAUUUCACAUUUAAAAAAUGUGAAAUUUUAAUAUGGAAUAUUAUUCCAUUAUGGUUUUAUGUUUUAGCAGUUAAUCCAAGAUAGUAUUGGAGAGUCCUUAGCACUAAAUUAUUUAUUUUUAAGUAUUUCUGCAACCAGUCAAGAUUAUUUUGAAGCCCUAUUUAUUGCAUGGCAUUGGAGGUAGUAACAGAAUGUUAUUUUAGGUGGGUGACAGAUAUGGGAUAUGGAGUCAUGGUUUCGAGGUGCAGUAAUCUCUCGCCAACCACAGGGGUUAAGUUCCUGAAAAACCCUCUGAUUGGUAAGACUAAAGGUUUAUGGGAAAUGGGGGUUAGGUUCCACGGAUCCAGAUGACACUAGUCAAAGCCUAAGUUGAGUGUUCCUUCACUAAACAAUACCUGUAUUGUAAAUUUAAUUAAAUUUGAGUCAAAUACAAAUAAAAUAGAUUAAUAUAAAUUAAAUAGUUCAGUAAUAUAAAUUUUACAGUACAGGAUUAUUUACCUUUAUGAUAUUGAGGGUGAUGUGGAGAGAGAGGUGGUUGUUAUGAGGGGACAGAGAUCCUUAGUGCAUCCCACUAACGUUAUACUCUUCCCACGCACUUGUCUAAGCCGUGCUAAUACGCGGAGACAUAAAACUAAAUACUGCAGCUGGUGAAAUGGUGUACAGAGUGAAAACUGUGGAUGUAUGGAAUUUGAGGAUGGGAAAUCUUCAGUUGGUGAGGGCUUUCUGUAAUGUCAUAUACAUGGGUACUGUAGUUUGGUUAUGUGAUGAGCAUCAUCCUAGAUAAGACAGUACAGUAUAUAGGAGUAAGGUAAAAGGUGCUAGAGUGAUAUGAAGACAACCAGUGUCCUGGGAAGGAAAUGUAGAGUAAGUAAAGAAAAGGUUUCCUGGGGAUUAAAACAUGCUAAAAAUUCAUGAGUAGUUAUGAGUGGCCUUGGUGCAGCAAGCCCUUCUUGGGAAGUGUUGAAGGCUUAAGAGAUAAUGGUAAAUUGGUUGAAUUACUGAAUCCAUCCACUCAUUCAGUCCUCUCUGAGUGCUUCGUUGUAGGAGACGAUGAAGCCUUUGCUAAGCUUUCUUUCUGUUAUGGAUAUAAGCAAAGUUUUUCUUUCUUAUUUUUGGCCAUAGUGGCUAUGCUUGUAACAUGGUACAGUACUGCUUUUCGAUUCACACCGAGGGUAAAGACAAGUGGGACAGCAGACACGGAACUGUGCAUUUACUAUUCCCCGUUGGAAAGUAGCUUCUUAGUUGUAGUGGUCUAGGAUAAAGAUGUUAGUUUUUCUUUUGUAAUUCUGUACAUCAGAGGCCAAGAUGCAUUUGAUAGGGAAACAAAGCUGUGUUUUGGAAGCAAAUUUUGGUCUUGUUUGGAAUAGAGGGAUAAUCAGGUGUGCUCUAAGGCAAAGUAAACAUACUGUGUAAUAUUUUUCUAGCAUUGCUAUAUAUUUCCAAUAUACUUCUCAUACAUGGGUAGUUGAAUAUGAAUAAGCCAAAGUAUUAGUUUUAAAAUAGUACUUACACAUUCCUAAUCAUUUUCCAAUUGUAAUUUUAGUGAAUUUUUGUCUUUAAGAAUAAUCUCAUUCUAUGUUGGUAAAUACUGUACAGUACAGCAGUACCACAUUUUGACCAAAUAUCAUGAUCAUUACGUAUUGAAAUUGUUUUGUUUUUUCGUAUGUAAAAUGAAUCAUAAUGUCACAGAAUAUAUGAGCUAUGUCAGCAAUUACUGUACGUACAUAACUACUGUAUAUAACCUGCAGUAGUACCUGGUGUUGAUGUGUUCAGUUGUGGCCAUUGUAUGUAAGAUAUAUAUAAUGCAAAGGCCUUACCAAAGUUACUUUUUUGCAUCAUGUUUCUUCAGUACUUUGAUGUCAGCCCAACAAUACCCAGUGAAUUUUUUUCUCUUUAAUAUAACCAUAAACAUUUGCUUCUGCAUGUUAAUUAUGUUAUCUUAGGGUAUUCUUAUAAGCUGUCAGGCAAACAGCUAUAACAAGAUGAGCCACACACCAACAAAAUGGCUUACUGUAUGUUAUGUAUAAGGAUAUUUAAUGUGUUGCUUGUCUCUUAAAACAAAAAAUUAUCAUUACAGAAUAGAUCAGUUGCUUGUAUACAUCAACAUUUAGUGCCCUGUUAUUUUACUUGCAGCAAUUUUUGGCAAAUUAGUUGCCUCUGCCAAUUCUUGGAGGAAAAUGAUGUUUGGUACAAGAAAGAUGAUAAUUCAAGUUAUUAAAUAAUGAAUGAGAACAUUUCAAUGAACAUGCCAAUAUAUAAAUGUAUUUAUCCUAUUAUUUAUACCAUAUGGAACUUUCAUUUAGUACUUAGUGGAGAUGAAUGAUUUGUGACUCCAAGUUAAUGUACUGUAAAUAUUGUACAUGUAUAAGCUUUGUAUGAUGGUGGUGCACAAGUAAUUGUUAUACAAGGAUCAACCCAUAAUUUUAUCACCACAUAUAUAUAUUGUAUUUAUCUCUUACCCCAGAGAAUCUCUCCUGCUGGAGUUCUCAAGUGGAAUUGUGUUAAUUUCUCCAUUUAUAAUUCCCACUUUUAUUAAUUUAUAACAAUACCACUUCUGUAUUCUUGGAUGCUUUAUUCCAUUGAUAUGUAAAUAAGAAACCCAAAUCCUUAUAGAUAUUAUGUCCAAGACAGAUGACACUUAUAUAGCAGUAACUUACAGUGCACAACAAUUUUUCAACAUUCCCUGAUGAAUAUAUUUUACCCUCAUGUACAACCCACACAUUUUGUCCUCUUCCACACUUGGGUUUUGUUGGAAAAAGAUUCUGAUCUCAGUAUAGUACAGUAGCUGUUUUAUAUUGAGUCUAAAAGAAACUUGGAAAACCUUCUGAUUUAAGUUUUACAUAAAAACUUUAUUGAGAUCUACUAUAAUUAUGCCCAGUCAUAGAAAAUACACUGUACCAAGGAUCAAUAUUGUAAAAAACGAUUCCAGUGGCAAGGUGUUCAGGGCUCCUAGAUCAGCAUUGUAGGAGCCAACUCAAAUUUUCUGGAGCGAUGAGAUUUUUGGGGCAAUUAUAGCUUCAAAAAGCCGUAAGUUGAACACACUUUUAGCAACUUGCCAUUUGAGCAAUUUCUUGUAAUACUGUAGUUGUCAGGUCAUAACUGAUGACCAGAAAUUGGUUACAGGUAAUGAACUACAAUACAUGCCAAUGAUGACCACUUGUUACAAAAUUGAGCCCUGUAUAGUGAUUACCUUAUUUAAAACUUGUUAUUUUCUUUGUAUAAACAUUGAGCUAAUUCUUCUUAUUUAACUAAUAUGAUUGAUUGGUUGAUUAAUGAAAUUUAGGUUUAAAGCCAAGCACUGGAGAUUUUACUAAUAUGCAUUCUACUGAAAAUAAUAUUGAGGCAAACAUUAUACAGUACAGUAUGUAAAUAGAAUAAAGUUCUUAGAAAUUA